CGUCAGUAACGUUCGGACCGGCGCGGCGUGCCAAUUGAAUCGAUAAGAGAAAGUGUUAAAAAAGAAAAGUGGUUUCGGUUCAGUCUGUACGGACCACUAAAACGUCGAGAAUCUACCUACGUGAUCGUGAACUGUUUUAAAAAUUGAACAAAGUAAUAGAAAGUUUAUGGAAAGACUUACAAACACAACAAAUAAAGAUCAAAAAUGUUAACAGUUGUGAAAACAAGCUUCACGUUUUGCUUUUUAGAUUCGAGUCAGGUUCGAUAGUUAUAGACAUUAUAAUUACUAUAUCGAGUAUAGUUAAGAUUAGUGUAGCUGCAGAUACCGAAAAUGAUUUGAAUCCAAGAGUCGAAAUGCGUGGUGUCUGCAAAUAUCAUAAUUAUUCUGAGGAUGGUUCAAAUCUAAUAUUCGAAACCAGGACUAUCUGUAAACAUUGCAAUUAUAAUUAAUAUUACAAAUACAGUUAUGAAAUCGACAGAUACCAAAAAUGACUCAAAUCUAGUAGCUAGAGUGUCUAAAAUAAAUUAAAGCUUCUUCUCGAUGAAGAAAUAAGAAGCUAGUGGAACGCUCUUCGUGCACAAAUGGCGGAGCUGUCUUUGGAGAUUGUUACGUAAACACAGUGAUCGAAGCAGCGUCGAUCGAAGGCACAGGAUGUACUUAAUUGUUGGCCCAUGGAUUGUGUCAAAUAAAUAAAGUGUGAACUGUCGGGUCACGAGACCGAGCGUUCGUCGACCGUCGAAUUUAGUUCGAAGACAAACGCACGAUAGGGCAACAUGGCUACGUUAAUGGUAGCCGAUUACGUUGUGAUCGUUUUGAUGAUGCUCGUCAGUUCGGGAAUCGGUGUGUAUUAUUGGCUCACGGGUGGCAAACAGAAGUCGACAGAGGAGUAUUUCGUGGCGGACAGAUCCAUGCGAGUGACGCCGAUUGCGAUAGGUUUAACGGUUUCGUACCUAUCCGCGGUCAGUUUGCUGGGAGUGAGUUCAGAAACUUACGUUUAUGGUACCCAGUACGCCAUAAUCAGUAUUGCCUACGGGCUGUCUACUCCGUUCGCCGCUCACUUGUACCUGCCAGUGUUCUUUAAACUUGGAACGACCAGCGCUUUCGAGUAUUUGCAAAAACGUUUCGGCACAGCUGCCAGGCUGGCGGCGAGCCUCGCGUUUCAGCUCCAACUGUUAUUGUACAGCGGAGUGGUGCUGUACGCUCCAGCGCUCGCCUUGGAAGCCACCACGGGUAUCUCGAGGACCGCGAGCGUAAUCGGCAUAGGAUUGGUCUGCACGUUUUAUUCGACGAUCGGCGGUAUCAAGGCAGUCAUCAUUACGGACGUAUUUCAGAGCCUGCUGAUGUUGACAGCCGUUAUCUUGGUGAUCCUCACAGCAGCCGUGAACGUCGGUGGACUCGAUCAGAUCUGGGAGAUCGCUUACCAGGGAUCGAGGAUCGAAUUUGACAACAUUUCAAUGGACCCAACGGUACGACACACCUGGUGGAGCUUGAUGUUUGGCGGUUUCUUCACCUACCUCUCCUUGUACGGCAGCAACCAAGUUCAAGUUCAGAGAAUGUUAACCCUCAAAGACGUGAGAAGCGCCCAGCUGGCAAUCUGGUGGUCCUGGCCAAUGUCGUCCCUCAUGUCGUUGGGCCUCUGCUUUUCCGGUUUAGCGAUAUACACGAAAUAUCGGAACUGCGACCCCCUGGCAAUCGGAAGGAUCGACUCGAGCGAUCAAUUAAUGCCUCUUUACGUGAUGGACAUGCUCUCCGGGUAUCCAGGUGUACCCGGCCUCUUUAUAGCAGGCAUUUUCAGCGCUGGAUUGAGCACUAUCUCCGCCACGGUGAAUUCCAUGGCCGCCGUUAUACUCGAAGAUUUUAUCAAACCCAUUUGCCGGAAAAGUGACAGAGACAUAAGCGUGAAAGGAUCGAUCAUCAUUAGCAAGAUUCUGGGUGUCAUAGUUGGCCUGGCUUGCAUAGCUCUGGCGUUCAUAGGACAGCAUCUCGGCGGACUCCUUCAAGCUGCGCUGACGAUCUUUGGAGUGGUCGGUGGGCCUGUUUUAGGUCUCUUCACCCUUGGAAUGUUCACAACGACAGGCAAUCAAAAAGGAGCAGUUAUUGGUAUUCUGGCUGGUCUGAUUUUUUCUCUGUGGAUCGGGUUCGGUCAACCGAAACCACCGAUUCCGAAAUUGGAUGUCUCCACGUCCGAAUGCAACGCCACUGCGUUCUACAAUUACAAAGAACCUCCCAAUUUGCAUUUGGACACACUGCAGACCCACGAUGAAUCAUACUUCUACCUGUACCGUGUUUCGUACAUGUGGUAUUGUCCACUCGGGUCCGUCAGUACGUUCCUGGUAGGAUGGAUCGCCAGCUGGAUCGUGAACCUAAUCACUCGAGAAGAAUCUAAGGAACUCGAUCCCAAUCUUUUCAUUCCUAUUAUUGCGUCGCGAAUGCGUAAAGAACAGUCGUCCAAAGUAGAGAUGUUCGACUCUUGUAGAACGAUCGAUACUGGGCUCGAUCUUGGAUCGAAGCAAUUAGAGUCGAGAUAUUGAAAUGAUCGAAUCUUAGAAGAUUCGAAAAAUCGUUCCUUUAGGAACUAAUUGUACUUCGUAUAUGUACAUAAUUUGAAAUCUCUAUUAUGUAAAUCGUAGUUUAUACAAAUAACAGUAUAAGUUGUAAUUUACUUUCUAUUUCUUAUCGUUAUAAUUGUUAUAAUGAAACGAUUAACCUGGACUAAUGCUAGGUCAAAAAAAGAUAUUUUCAUAAAUCGUUUAUAAAGAAACUAUACGAUGAGAUGUUGCAAAAUUUUCAUUAUAUUUCAUUGAAUUAGUCGACAAAUAAAAAUUGGUUCCAUAACGGAGCCAUUCCAUGCGAAAUUGGACACGUCUGGACACUUCUGGAUCUUGGAUAUUGAGGAAAUUUAACUAUGUUUGUUGUCUUUAGUGAUAUGUGAACGUAUCUCAAAGGAUCUAAACAAACUUUUAGAAUUGU